AUCACCAUGAAGAGCGUACACGUCCUAUUUUUUUCUUACUGCUUCAUUUCUUCCUGUUCGGCCCGGCUGGCUGCACCGGCCCUCACGUACCAGGACAGUUUCGGCCAGUACAGUUUUGGUUACAGUGGCCCGUACUCUGCGAGGUCGGAAAUCAGAACGUUGAACGGCGAGACGCGAGGCGCUUACAGUUACAUCGAUGACGCAGGAGUUAUUCAGACUGUUGAGUACGUCGCUGAUGCAACGCACGGUUUCCGGAUAUUGUCCACCAAUUCGGUAAGAUUAAUGGCAAAACUGAUGUAGAUUAGAUCUUACGUAUUUUAUUUUAUAUAUUUUUAUUAGAUGCAAAACACCGAAGGCGCGCUCCUUGCUCAAACUGGUCAACCACAAACGAAACGGAUGGAACGUAAAGAAGAUAGAUUAGGGAAGAAUAAUGCAUUGCAAGGAUCUGUAAGUUUUCUUUCUAAAAUAGAUCGUUUUAAGAGCGAAUAAAAUUAAUUUUUUUCAAUACAUCAGAUGGAGUUUAAGGAAAAAAGGAAAGGGAACAAGAAUCAGCUUAAAUCUUCGAUUAUCAAUGAAUCUAAGAUGUUCGAAAUUUCUCAAGGAAAUCUUCGAAUUAAUCCAUUCCAUUUUUAUACACCAAUAAAUGAAG